UCCUGGACCUGUGUCCCCGAAGGGCUGCCGUAGACAGCGGCUCGGCCCGCCUCCAGCUCAAAUGUUUGGAUGUCAUGAUUAGGUGGAAGGAGGAAAUCACAGGUCGUCUGGGGACAGCUUAAACAGACUCUGACCCUUUAAGUUUAAGUUAACUUUUGGCGAAGUGAUGUCCGACCUCGGUUGUUCGUGGUGAGUUCACGGGCACUAGCUUACACCGGGAACAUGGCUUUGUUGCGUUCAAAGUCUGCGCUGUUGUGGUUCCUGAUUGUUGUGGCAGCUCAUAUCGCUGAAACAGGAGGGAGACCGAGGCGCCAGGUGUUGCUGACCGAAGGUGACAGCACGGUGAGUUUGAGAUCUCGGCAACCUCCCGCAGGGCCGGAGCCCGGUGACCCGGCGGACGCGUUCAAAGUACCAACUCUGGAUGGGGAGUUUUCCUUCCAGCCCGACGCUUUGAGGGGACCUCUGGUGAUCCACGCCUUCACCAACAACUCAGGGUUUCUGGAGUGCCUUUGGAGCUCAGAGUCUUCGCUAAAAAGUCUCGUGGAGGAACUUCCGAAUAGCACACAAGUGCUCUUCCUAUCCCUGGACGACUCUGUGGUCAAUGAUGUUCUCUGGAUGCGGGAGCAGGUGCUGCGGGCCGCCGCCCACAGUAAAAAGGAGGUUCUGUCCAGGCUGCACUUCUCUCCGGUGCCCGUCUUUGCUCUGGGUAACUGGAUCCCCAGAGUGCUUUACUACUGGAGCUGCAUGGGACACAGCUGUGGUCUUUCCCAGGCUGCUUUCAUCUCAGAGGAGUGGAAGAUGCCUGUGAUCAUUAAAAGACUAGAUGCCAGAUAUGACUGGCUCAUGGCACGCUGGGGCUCAAAGUCCUAUACAGUGAUUGAUGCUGGAGAUGGGUGUGAAACCUUCUCCUCGGUGGCAGGUGCUGUGGCCUGGGUGUCUGAAGGCAACUGUUCUUUCUUCACUAAGGUUCAGAGCAUGGCCAAGUCCAAUGCCUCCGGUGUCCUCGUCUAUACCCUCCCUGGAAAUCCACUCCAGGAUAUGAACUGUGUUGGGGAUGAGUGUUUCUCGCUGCUCAGCAUCCCAGCUGCCAUGGUGCAUCAGGACCCUGCGGUCGCUCAGACGCUCCGGUUUGGAAAGCUGGUCAAUGUGUCGUUCCAGAACACCCCGUCCCCAAAUUUCUUCAUCAGCAUUGACAAACAGGGGUUGCUGGCUGAGAUGGGCUGGUUCCUCUACCCCACGUUCAGCUUUGUUAACUGGCAGGCCCAGUGGUUUGAUUUCUUUGCUGAUCUGCAGACUAAACUCCAGAAUCCUGCAAAAGUUGUUUCUGUCUUUGAUAAAGUCCAAAUGCAAGGGGACAAAGGAGCCGUGGCCACAGUCGACCUGUCUAUAGACUUGUUGGACUUUGACAUGUUGGAACUUGAUGCAUCGCUGUCAUGUCCGGGCAAGAGAGACUCGUCAUGCGCUCAGUGGGAUCACACUGUGCAGCUUUUUGUCUGCUGCGACCGCACGAGUCCGUACUGCAACAUGGAGCUGGGUCGAUGGAUCACUGCCUUCCGCAGAGGUAUCGGGCGCUGGCUGACGGAUGUGUCCCCUCUGAUCCCCCUGCUGGACAGCAAUAAAUGCACCUUCACUAUGAAGACGGUGCCUUGGGCGAUGCCUUGGAUUGUUUCCCUCAAUCUGAGGUUCAGUGGCACCAAUCAGACAGGAAACUUUGUGGAGAGCUUUCAUCCCUUUAAAGUGAUGUCACUGUACGAUGGAGGAACCUUUGACAAAAAUUACAACAAGAGGUACCAGCCAAUCAAAUUCACUGUCCCAGCGUCCACCAAAAAGGUGGAGCUGUACGCUGUCAUCACAGGACACGGCAGCGACGAGAACGGCUGCGGAGAAUUUUGUGUCACCUCCCACCAUUUCGUGAUCAACGCUGCUUAUAACAACACCCACGUAUUUGAUUCUGCAGGAACGGCUCUGGGCUGUGCAAUGCGCGUCAAAGAGGGCGCUGUACCGAACGAACACGGCACAUGGCUGUACGGCCGAGGAGGCUGGUGUGAUGGACUACAGGUGAAUCCGUGGAGGGUUGACGUCACCAAACAGCUCAACAUGAGCAGGUCUGAAUCCAACACUGUCGUCUACUUUGGCUUGUUCAACGGACGGGAUCCAAACCCAGCGCAGCAGCCAGGAUACAUCAUCAUGACCUCUUCCCUCGUCUUCUACAAGUGAUCCCGCUCUUUUUAAAAACUCUCCUGUGAAUUUCGAUCUGAAUGAAUCACAAUACGGUUCUGACGGCAGCAGUGAUGCAAAAUAAUACCUGCCACCCUCGUCCAGCAAAACCAGCCAUUUACAUUUCUCUGGAGACGUUACCCCAAAGUCAACAAGAAGACGCCUUACAGCUAAAUGGGCACUCCAUAUGAUUUUUUUUUUUUUUUUUUUUGUCUCAAGCUGAAGAUGCAUUGUUCUGAGAGCAGCCUCUCCUCCGUAAUUACAUGUAAUCAUGUCCAAUUUGAAACUUUGGCUUGAAGCAAGUGUCUCGCGCUGAGUCAUCUUCCAAUUGUGCUUCUUAUGGGAGGUGAAUCCUCUCAACUUCAGCAACAGAACAUCUGCUUCUUGUCGGUGUUUUUGUUAUUUUCGUUUUGGAUCUUGUUUAGCAAGAUCUGGGGAAAUUGUCGGCAGAGUAAUUAGCUGCUGCAGCUCAGAGCUUAAUGAUUCCCUCUUUAACGGGUGGGUACAGUCAAAUGUUUGGAAGGUAAAACGGUUUUAAUAUACUUGGUUCUCUAUGUUACACACAAUAGAUUUAAAAUUAAAGAAAUGUCACAAAAGACUGAAGUGUAAUUAGAUUUUAUUAAAAUUUAUUAUUUUUAAAACUUCAUGAAGGAAGUCUGACACACAUGCUGCUUUGGCCACUCCUCGCUUUUUUAAUUUAUCACUUGCAUUAUUUCAUUAUGAUUACUUUACUACUUGUGCAUUCAUGGCUUCAGCUUACAAGUGGAAAUUUCAAACAAAGAAUCGCCCAGAGAUGAGUUUAAUUUAUGAGGUAUACCCACACCUGUGUCGUCAGUUAUCUUUGAUCCCAUGAAAAUGGGCUGAUUUUAAGAAAGGUUCCAGUUCCCCAGCACUUAAGUCUCUUUGUUUAACAUCUAAAACUAAAUAUUUAAUCUAAAAAUACACCAAGCAUUUUUAGAAGCAUUAUUUGUUUGUUUUUGUGUGUAUUUGGAGAGGGGGAAAAAAUCAUGUCUAUUCAGCACAAACCUUAAACUAAGAGCCUUGGAUGAAACUUGGAUGCUCAUGAUUAAAAGGUACACUUUUAUUUUGAUCUUUUAAUGACAUUAUAAGUAUUAAAAAUAAACAUACAUAUAAAAAGUAUCAUUAAAAAACAUUGCAUUAUAAAAAAAGUUACAUUUUCUUGUUCUUAAAGAAGUUAGUGGUAUUUUAACAGAGGAGCUCUGAAGUGACAUAAAAAUUGUUUCCUCUUUUUCU